GCCAGCGUAGCGAACCCAUCUCGAAAGUAUCUGUCAGAUAAAGCAGAGCGACCUCAGAACCAAGUGAACGAACUCGAAAAUACGAAAGCAACGUGCGUGUGCAACAACAAAGAACUAACCCGAUAAACAUUCAUUGUGCCGAGGAGAAAGUCAUUGAGUCAUCGGCAGUUGUGUAAUUCCGAAAGAAGAUAGUCCCACAAUGGCAGUCGCAUUUUUCAUACCCGACCAGGACACCUUGCUGCGCGAGGCGGAGCAGAAGGAGCAGCAGAUCCUCCGUCUGCGGGAGUCCCAGUGGCGCUUCCUGGCCACCGUUGUCCUGGAAACUCUGCGGCAGUACAGCCCGCGUCUCCCGAAGAGCGGCAGAAAGUCCGGCAAAUACCGAAAGCCAUCGCAGUAAAAGAUUCGAGUAACUACUACGGGAAAAACGAAAUAGUCCAGUCCAAAAUCCAGAGUACAAAGGAAAUAAGCAUCAGCCAACCCAGAAACAGUCAAAGCCCAACAGCCGACGGCAUUCGAUUUAUUCAGCAGUCAAGGAUUCAGCCACAACAACACCCACCCAAUUUUAGUUUACUCAUCAAAGCGAUUGUGAUAAUGGUUUUGUUUCUACAAAAAAUUUAAGGAAAAAAUGAAAAAAAAAUCUCAAAAAUCUUUUAUAAAGCCCCUUUUAAAGACAAAAAAAAGUUUCCUUUAGAAAUAAUUUACUCGUAAAUCCUAUUUAAAUGAAUUACUACUGUAAUAGUUUGUAAGAUCUUUUGUAAGCACAUUUUCCUAAGUUUUUCUUAAGAACAAAACCCAGGAAAGAAGAAAAAUGCAUCGUAGUUGGCUAAAAAUUGCAUCAAUUUUUUGUCAAACAAAAAGUCAAUAAAAAAACAUUCAAAUAUUAU